GUCCCUUCAAGACGUCCCGGUGUCUUGCCGAUCCCGCCGCUCUGGCCUUCACCCGCGGUUUUGGAAACACCAACAACAACGGACGAGGCAGUAGCAGCAGCGGGAGCGGCACCGGAGCCAAGCGUUGGUUGUACAUGCACGGCGGAGGCGGGCUGUACGACACUCGGUUUGAAAACCUUGUCGUACUGCACGGGGAAACACCUGAGGCGGCGGCGGCGGCCGCCACCGCUGGUCUGACGAAUGCCGGCUUCGGUCCGUUGUCGCUUGUACGCUACGCGGGUCAAGACGCCUUUGAGAAGGUCCGAGCCACCACCUCAUCCAGCCGCAGUCUGGACUACCCGGAGGGGGCCGCCACGCGCUCCCCCGAGGAGACCUACGCGCAGCUGGGGGCAAUCCUGAAGGCAUACGACUUUGCACAACGGAAGGCGCCCGGCAACUUCAAAUCCUGCUGCGCCAGCUUCAUGCUGCGGCCCCACCAUGUACGGCAGUGGCCGCUGAACAUGUACGACAAGAUCCUGUCGUACGCCCUUGAUGACAAGAACUCCUACCAUGCAUCCCUGGCCCUGUCGCAUCACGGCUGGGCCAUGUGGGCUGGCUCCGAAACCGCUCCAUCCGACUUGCUGCUCUAUUUUGAGGUGGACUUGGCGCUUGUGCACAUCCGCGGAUGCCCCGGCUGGAGGAUGAAACUGGUUUCGGAGCAACAGCUGUAGCAGCAGCAACAGCAGCAGCCGUAGCAGCACAUGUGAGGCGGGUCCUGCAGGUUACGGUGACCGGGCUAAUAGUGAUGACGGUGCAGGAUGCAGCCCCCCUGAUGUGUGUAUGGUACAACCAUACAAGGCGGGUAGUAUAAGGAGUGCGACGAGAAACGCGUGAUCCCAACAGUCCUGGCAGCCCGCUUCUAGCGCUUUAGCUGCUGCAGGGUGCACAUCCAGCAGCAUGCAAGCUGUAUGGAUAGCUUGCUGGUUCUGUGUUGUUGUUACCGUUCUGUCUGGUAGCUGGUGUCUCUCCAUAGCAUGUACCCUGGGUAAGUCAGCCCAGGAGAGUUAAGGAAGAGACAGGCUACAUUGUUACCGACUGCUAACCUCCCGAUGUAAGGCCAACAGCCGUUGCAUUGGGGUAAAGCUGAGCAUACCUGAUGAAUGUGAUGCUGUGACAUUGUGUUGAUUGACAUUGGCAUUGGAAGGGGGCC